UACUAACUCCGUGUACCAUCACCACUAGUUAACCAAUCGAAGCCAACGAAAUCACAGUGGAAAAGAAGAAGUGCAGUGUAGGAGCUGGAGCCAAGAUGAAGUUGCUAGGAUGGUGGUUGAUGCUUGUGGGCACGCUUCGAUUGGCAUCUGUUUGGUUCGGAUUUUUCGACAUUUGGGCCCUCCGUCUCGCUGUUUUCUCCCAAACGCCCAUGACUGAAGUUCAUGGACGUACAUUUGGAGUUUGGACUCUUUUGACUUGCACCCUUUGUGUUCUUUGUGCGUUCAACCUCGGGAACAAGCCUAUAUAUCUAGCCACUUUCCUAUCAUUCGUCUAUGCUUUGGGCCAUUUUUUGACGGAGUAUCUGAUUUACCACACCAUGGCCAUUGGAAAUCUGACAACUGUCAGCAUUUUUGCAGGCACAUCCAUUGUAUGGAUGCUGUUGCAGUGGAAUUCGCAUCAACCAAUCAAGAGUAAACAAGUAUAAAGUGACAUCAAGCUUGAAAUGUUUCAUGCUGACAAGAAACUGAUAAUAUUGAUGGACAUUAUUGUCAAAUUUCGGGGUAUAUCACUCCCUUGAAAUCACCUGAAUCAGAGGUGUUACCUAAGUUUAUCAUAUUCUCUCUCUCUCUCUCUCUCUCU